AUGAGCCGAGACUUCCUGAGAGAAGCUUCUCCUGAACUUCCUGAAGCGAGCAGUCCAGCCGGCUCUGCUGCUCCAGACCUGGAAGCUAUAACUGCAUCUCCAGAAACCAUCACUAUGAAAGAGACUGGGCCGAUCACCAUUCCUGCUGCAGAGUUCGAGGGAGAGGAUUUUCUCGACCAUCAUCUGGACACCAUUGACCUCCUCCUCGCCCAGACUGAUCCUUUUCGUGAAGGAGGUGCUGAGUUACGGAGAAAAAGCGUGACGACUCAACAGGAAGAACGGGAGCUGGAGAGAGGAGACCAGGAGAAGGAGAAGACGAAGGAUGUGACAGGAUCCAUCUCAGAACUGCAGCCCACCACUGCUUCCAGUGAAGAUGUCACCAUGUUGCCUCAGGAGGAACCAGGUCCACAUGCAGAAAUCCCUGGACCUCCCCGAGAGCAGAUCACCCCCGGCUCGGCGCCGGGCCUCCCCUCGCCACCCCCCGCUGACAGGAAAAUACGUCCGAGGAGUCCUGAGCUGGAGGAGAUCCAACCUACGCUGAGGAGGAGCAGGAAGAGGCAGCUGAUCUUCUUCGAUCCAGAGACACAGAUUUCUGAGAGCGAGCAGCAGAAGCAGAUCAAUAACCCCCUAACUGAGACCACACACCUCGCUGUCCCUCUGCCCUCCAAUCAAAGAAUCAUUCCUGCUUCUGAGCUCUUCGACAAUCCCUGCUGCUAUUUGCCCGAUGAGCUUCUGUCUCUAUGGAGACAGGCUGCGAUCAUCACGCCUCUGCCGGGUUCGGACCUUCAGGUCGGCGAGAGGGGCCCCGAGUCCUCCGAGUCUGAGAGGGAGAGAGAGCGUGAGAGGAUGGAGGCGGCAGAACAAGAGAAACAAGGACUCAAGCAGAUUCCCAAGGAGGUGCAGAGAGAAAUGGCAGAGUUUGAGAUGGCUGAUAUUUCAGCUGAUGGCACACUGCCACUGGAGGGGUCUGACCAAAAGGAGGCUUCUCGAGAGAUCUCCCCCGUCUGCACUCCUGACAGAGAAGGGUUCAUCAUCUCCAGGUCCAUCCCGAAGCUGGAGGACAUCCCUGAGACUGAGGCAGCAGCAGAGACUCCUGGGUUGUUGUCAGACUUGUCGGAGCCUGAAUGGGAGCCUGUGCUUUUUCAGUCUCUGUUACCAGCGGAGGCCAGCCGCAGACAUGUCAGCAACAUUUUUCAGAAGCUGCUGGAGAACUUGUCGUCUCGAACCAUCAGAGCAGAGCAGGACGAACCUUACGGGGACAUCCUCAUCUUUCCUGGAGUCAACUAUGAAGAGGCUCACCUGGAGGGUCUCUGAUGGGUUUUUACUCUUUGUGUUUGUUAGAAAUGAUUCAGUUCAGCCUCUUUAAACAUCCUGUUACUGACGUGAUGCAUCGACACCUUUUAAACGAAUAUGUUUUUAAAGAGUUUUCCUUGUUUUAAUCAGUUUAUUUGCAUCAUCGUUACACAUCGCUGCAACCAGUUUUAUGGACUUCAUGAGAUUCUCGGUCAGUUUGUUGUUUAUUUGUUUUUACUGUUAAUUGUUGAAUCAUUUGAAUUGAUUGAGCUCAUGUGCUUUUAUUGUAAUGACAGGAAUGUUAAUGAAAGCUUCGCCUGCUUUCUGUUGGUGAAUAAAUGUUUAAGUUGAAA